GUAGUAUAAGUCGUAAUAUAGUAUAUUUUCCAGUUAAGCGCCAUCUGCAAUAGUGUUGUAGUCAGUGCCAUUUGGGGCCAUCAACCAAGAAGCAGGGUAGUACGUACAUCCUGCGACGCGCAAUCGUUUCAUAUUUUUGAAAGUUUUAAAUUAAAAAAAAAAAAAAAAUUUGUUUUGCAAAAUUUUUUCUACAGGACAAAAAGCACGAGAAAACUCAUUUCUUAAAAAAACCAAAAACCAUUUCAAAAAUAAAUAGAUGAAAAGAAAAUUAUUUAAAACAUAUAUGCAUAUGUACAUAUAUGGAAGUAUUUUCUUUUUUUUUUUCCUUUUCGUAGAAAGAACGAAAACUUUCCCAGAACAAAAGAAUCUUUGCGCAUAUAUCGGAAAAAAAUAAAAAAGAAAUAUAUCAGAACAAGAAAUCCAGUGAUUUUACAAUAACGACGUAUAUGUUACGAGUGGUACGUCCAACCGAAAUUUUCUGUCUAUAUUUUUUUCUAAAUAAAAAUGCAGAAAAAAGUGAAGUAAAACCGAAUGAAAAACAUCUGAUACGUCUUAGUUCUUUUUUUUUUUUUGGGUAAUUUGUACCGAGAAACGAAAAAACGACAAAAAAAAGAAAAAGAGAGAGAAAAGUUACUCAAAAAUUACCUGAAAAUGGUUGAAGCCCAGCAAAGAAAAUUUGUUUUAUGUACGUAUCGGUUAUAUAAUUACAAACAUUUGCGAAUGUUACCAAACGCUUAUUGCAAACUAAAAGAAAAAUUGUGAAAUAUUCUUGAAAAACAAAAACUAAUCGAAACUUUGAAUUCUUCUUCGUCCUUUACUUCUACUUUUAUAAAAAAAAAAAAAAUACAUUGAAAAUGUGUUGUGCAUUUCGUUAUCUAUUAAACUUGACCGACUGCACAUACUCGUCUUUGUCUAUGUUUUCCCAUCUUUGGAAGUGAUUUAAUAGGUGUUUAUGUGCGCGUGAGUGUGUAUGUAUGUAUAUUGUGAUUGUGUAAUUGUAAAAUAAAAUGCGUCUAAUAUUUUAUUUAAAAUAUUUUAAAUUUAAUUAUACACAAUAUUAAAUGCCAAAUACCUUCGCCCACUGACUACAGAUAAUAUGGAUAUUAAAGGAUAUUAAAUCAUAAUAAAAAAAAAAACAAUAUCGUAAGAGUGCCAAGGAUUGCGGAUAUAUCUCUUAUCUAAGUAAUUAUAAUUUAGUGCAAGAGUUGCGAAACAGUCUGCCUUCUUUUAUGUUUUGCAUUCAAGGAUUUGAUAUCACUUCACAAUUAAUAAUACAUCGAUUUACGGAAUUUUAUUUGUGGAAAAGUGUUGAUCGAUAAUGUCAAAAGUCGCUAUUAAAUGUACAUAAAGACAAUGCCGACAAUGAUGAUGGGGCCAUGAGCCCAUCAUUCAAAACAUUGAGUUGGAGUCGCAAGCGCGUCUCAAGCGGGCCUGCACCAUGCUAGCACCGCCGAACCCGAGGUCAAUAUGCGGCCAGGACCCGGGCUGGUCGUGAUGGCGCUUGCGUUUAUUUCGGGGGCUCGGCGUGGCAGCACCAGUAUUAGUUCCAAGACUUUAACGUCGUUACCGACGUCAUCGUCGUCAUCGUCAUCGUCGUCUUCGAUAUUAUCGUCACCGUCAUCGUCCUCAUCAUCCAUCACUACCACAACUACAGAAACAUCCGCAUUCAAAAAUUUACAAACCACUAUUGAAAUAUUUGGUCAGACCUUGACUCCUGACAGUGUAAAGUGGGGAAGAGAAGAAAAACGAAAUUGGCAACGUAUUGAGAAAAAAUCAACGACACCUGUAACAUCACCGACUUUAACGAAUGGUCUCUAUUUAUCUGAUAUUUUAAACUAUCAUCCUACACCCGAACUGGUACUACCCGUGCAACUAAAACUAUCACUUUACUUAGAUUCUCGUAGCCGUUCGACAAGGAAUUUGGCUUUCACACCCGUAAGCCGCCGUCGUACACAUAAAAAGACUAAAUCGAAACGAAAAGCACGUAGUGCUAGCAGCGGUUAUAAUAUUAACCUAAAUAACGAAUUUGCGUUUAAGGGCGAUCGGUCAGAAGAUAUCUCUACUUCCGACGUGGCCAGCAAUAGCGGUAGUAGCAUUGAUUUAAAGCAAGAGAAAACCAAUGGUUUAACAGUUUACUUCCCCGUACACUCAUCCGAUUCCUCUAAAUCAUUUGACACAGAUGAUGUAUUUGCUUUAGUUGCCGAAGACGAUUUAUUGUCGGAAGAGAGUUUCGAUCAUCUUGUUAAAUUAAAAGACGACAAAAUUGGUUAUCUAAAUAACGGAGAAGACUACAGCGAAACGGAGGGUGUAGUUGGUGACGGAGCACAGAAUAGAGGUAGCAGUGGUGGCAGUGAGAAUAAAUUUAAUCAUAAGGACAAUGAUGAUGAUGAUGAAUACAUAUUUGAAAGGAAAAUUUCAAAGCAACAACAAACAGGCGAGAAAAUUAGAAAACUCAUUAACAACGAGCCAGAGCAGGCAACAAUAUUAGUCGCUCAACAAAGCAAUAUAAACCAAAAUAUUAAUCGCGAAGUUGAGCGUCUAUUUAAUCAUUCAAAGCAUUCUUUAAUCCAUAACGAAAAAAGAAAUUUUAAGACCACCAUUAGUGAUACUGUCAAUAAACCGCCGAGUAAACAUCGAUCCAUCAUCGAGAGUAAAUACCCGAUUGCACGCCUUAAUCCUUGGAUAUCAGCUUGCGAUCUGGCUCAACCUGGACCUAUAGCAGCACCGGAUUUGCAGGGUGAGUGCUCAACUGGUACACUGUCUGUGGCAUGGGUCGAUGAGGGUCCCGGCCCGCCAACUUGUCCCAAAUCGUGUAAAGACCUACCACUGAAUAAUAGUAACCAUAAUAUUAAAGUUAAUAAUACCAAUGAUAAUACUAACAAUGAUAACAAUUUGAUCAACAACAAAAACUUUAAUAAUAAUAAUCACAAUAAUCAUCAUUUUCGUAACGAUAAAAAAGUAGUAACUAAACCUGUAAGUUAUGCAAAUAACUUUAACAUUAAAUUAAGAAAUAGUCGAAGGAGUAAAACGAAAGAACCGGUAACUGCAACAGCGGCAACACCGUUUAAUAAUCAUAAUAAUAAUAAUAAUAAUAAUAAUAAUAAUAAUAAUAGGCAUUAUAACGAAAGGAAAAAAUCGCUAAAUUUCAAGUUCAAUCCACAUCAUAAAAACUAUAAUAAAAACUUUAGCAAUAGUCAUAAUUUUAAUAUGGAAAAUAAUUCUAAUCGGACAGAAAAAAGGAAUUCAACAAAGGAUCAGGUGUUAAUGCAAAAGAUUGAAGAUAAACUCAUUGGAGCAACAAAUGCAAUAGAAGCUAAAAACGAGAUAACAACAUUAACAACAGCAGCUACAACGAUGACGCUAUCGGCUUCACAUAUGAACGCUUCAACUGCCUUUGAUUCAACCGCAAGAGCAACGGCCACCACCAUCAUCGCGACCGACGCCACGGCCCCCACCAGUAGCACCGACAUCAAAAACAUAACCACAAAUCGAGAACAUAAUGAGUUAAAUGCAGCCUAUUUUAAGCAAAGAUAUAAUGUGAAAAACGCAAUUACAUCGCCAAUCGCAAUCGUUGCUGAUACAAUGCCAUUGAGGAGACUUGCAAACACCAACAACAAUAAUAAUAAUAAUAACAACGUCAAAGAUAUAUUUAAAACCAAUGUCAAAGCGAUUAGAUAUGAUGGCAAUGAUGGUAACGAAUUGAUAUACAAUCGUUUAAUUUCGGAUUACAACCAUAAUAAUAACAACAACAAGCGUAGCCUGCGAAAUUUUAAUACAUUAAGCAGUCAAACAAGAGAUCAACCUUUUAAAUGGAUGCCUGACAGUAAUCAAUUAAUUAUUGAAGACUAUGGUAGCGAUUAUAAACAGCAAACGGUGUUUUAUGGACAAGGAGACGAAGAAAAAAACAAAAUUAAUGAAAAUGAAAGAAAAAGAAAACAACAAAAACAACAACAGUGCCUUGAAUACUUGGGCGAUAGCGAUAAAACAAUGCCCAAGCACUUGUGCAAUCUAAAAUCACCCGGUGAAUUAUUGCCGCAAUUGCGUCAAUUGCGUUUAAAAAAUUGUUGCGAACGUAACGUCUACAGCGCACUGCAUACUUUAGCAUUAAAUAUCACACUUAGCGGUGGGAACGAAUGCGAGCAACUUCUUAAUCAUAUAAUGGAAUUGGAUGCCUUAGCUGCACGCAUUACUUGUGGUCUUUCUAAUAUUUUGUAUCGCUUCGAUUGUCGACAAGUCUAUUCAAUCAUACAUCAAUGCGAUGAUUGUAAGGAAGCCUAUCGCAGAUGGGUUUGCAGCACAUUGGUCCCGUAUUUCGCUGAACCAAGCGAUGUUAUUAUAAUUGAUGACAACAGCAGCAAUUACAACAACAACAACAUUAUUGAUAAAAACAAAAACAACAACUAUAAUGAAAGCGUAAUAUCAAAAGUUGCGGCAACGAUUGGUACAACACAUCAUGUAGUCAGUACGACGAGAAAUGCUGGUGCCGUCAAUACAACUCACAAUAGCUUAUAUUCACUAUCACCGCCAUUAUUGUUACCAUCGUCGCCCCUACCGACAUCAGAGUUCGCUAUAGGCUCCCGUAAUGAAACAAUAUUAAAUAAUCUUCAGCGGACUGCUGGAAAUGCUACAGCCUUACUAACGGCGAAUUUAAUUGUCUCAAAAAGUGAAAAUCACCAUCAACUGCGACAAGAGGAACGACAACUCAAUAACAGCAGCAAUAACAAUUAUCAUAACAUUAAUGUGAAUUUCAUUAAUAGCGACAUGAACAUUAAUAGCAAUAGCAACCAUAAUAACAACAACAUUAUUAAUUACAUAAAUUAUGAACGCAACAAACGUCAUCUCACUAAACCAAAAAAGUCAUCCGCUAAAAGUAAGCAACUACACCAGUCGCCGGCGCUAACAUAUUCUGAUGUCAUGCAAUACAGUACAAUACAAAAUGAUAUCAAUGUAGACAUCAAUUGUGCGACGUUAGCAACGACACGAAGACGAAGACGCAAUAUCAUUAACGAUACAGACCAGCCCCAGCGACAACGUCAACAGGAGCACGAGCCACUUAAACUACAAUCCAAUAAUUUCAUAUCGACUGCCAUUAAUAUGAAUCCUGUGAGAAGAGAGGGUUCAGUGAUAUCUCAAAAUUUAAUGAAAAGAAUAAAAGGAAAAAUCGAAUUUCGUAAACGACGUAGGAUACGACCCUGUCUAAGUGUAUGCCAAACAGUAGAACAAAAAUGUCCGUAUUUGCUGCCUGCAGAUCGAGCACCAGCGCUGCCAACACAAUAUGCCGGAGAGCCAACAUUUUUAUGUUUAGAUCAAAAUAUACCGGAGACGGGGGAACAAUUAAAAAAAUCCAGUCAUGGCCCAUCAGAUUGUUGUUACACGUACUGUGGGGAUGUGCAAAAUGGGUUAUGUACCUAUUGCAAUGAAUACGCUGAAAUUAGAGAAACCGAUCUCUUAGCUAUUAGCGAGAAGAGAAAAACCCGCAAUAUAACGCUGCAGCCAACAAAGAUAAAAAAUGAAAAACCACCCAUCCGUCUGGAAACGCGAAUACGAGCAAAGUUAGGUCUAAAUCAGACCGACGAUAAUGUACGAAUGGCCAGUAUAGCUAUAACGAUAACAAACGAAACUUUAUGGCCUACGAAUGAGACACAAUUAAUCGAAAGGCUGCCCUAUUAUGCAUAUUGUGAUGGUGUCUUCUAUUAUGAUGACGAUAUUAAUGAUAUGCCCGAGAAGGCAACAUCAGGAAAUUGUUAUGCGUUGCCGACAAUGCAAAGCCGCUGUUCUAUACCGUAUUACGCAGAUGAUUACGUAUCAGCUGCAAAACGUAGCCAAGAUUUAAGCAGAAGUCAAUGUUGGUUACUAUGGUUGAGCAUAAUAUUAUGUCUAAGUAGCACUUAUAGGUCAGUUAAUUAUCAAACCAUACAAAAGAGAAUACUCCAUCACGAAAGCUACAAGUAUAUCGGCAGUGACCUCAUACAAUUGCAUAAGCAUCAAGGGAUUAUUGUUUACGAUUACAAUAAACGAUUGCCUAAUAAAAAAUUUAUGAAGUGGAUGUUUGAGGUGAUAACGAUGACGCGAUGCAAGGUCGUUAUUAAAAUUUAUAAUAAUGGUGUGGAAGGUAGUACUUUAAAAAUUUUAAGCCAAUUCGCUAGACGAUCAAAACUUAAAUUAAAUAUUUAUAAACACGGCGACUGCAACGGCAAUAAUAAGAUCAAUCUAGGCACACCCCAUACAUUUAAAAGCAAGUUAUUAUUAUUUUUAAAGGAAAAUUUAAUAUUAAUUAUAAAAAUUGUUAUUGCUGUUGAUGCUGAUAAUAUUCAACGACAACAACAAAAACAAUCACAAAAACAAAAAUUUAACAGUAGUAGUCGUCAAAGGAGAAGACAAAAUAAAGACAGUCAAAGUCAAACUCAUUGUAGUUAUAGUUGUAGCAAUGGUGGUAUUGGCCGUCGUUGCAGAUAUUGCGUCGAAAUGAAUCUUUACAGCGAACAACAACGAGGAGUGCCAUGA